CGCAUCCUCUCCAAUGUGCUGUUAACUCCAUAUGCGGAAGGACUUGAUCAUCAACUUCUAGCUUCGUCCGACCAUUGACAGUAUAAAAACCAUCUCUUCGAAUAAGACCGAAAAAGAUGUUCUCCAAGUUCACCGCUGCAUUCGUCGCCUUCGCGAUCGCCCUCGUGCAGGUCAAUGCUGAGACCCACACGGUGUCCUUCGCCAACAAAUGUGGCCGCGGUACUCCGUACUUGCGGGCGAUGAACGGUCAAGUCUUGUCCAAUGGUGCUAAUUAUACUAUUAACGGACCGCUCAUCAGCGCCAUCGCAUACCUCCAGACUGGUGACUGCGGUAACAAUGGAGAGAAAUGCACGCUCAUCGAGACGACGCUCAAGAAUGGAUAUAGCAGCACUGAUAUUUCUCUCAUUCCUCCCCACGAGUUCUCUGUCACCAGCGGAUUCGACUACUACGACGGCUGCGAUGGUCAAGGUGCUGAUUGUACCUCCGAGAACUGUACGAGUGCUUUUCAUACGUCCGACCAAACCUGGGUGCAGGUGGGGUGCCCGGUUGACAACGAGAAUCUCUUGAUCAAGUUCUGCGACUAAGCAGCAAGCAUCGUUGUACCGAGAUCCGCGUUCCGUCUAGAUGUUGUGUAUUUCGAGCGCAUGUACUGUAGUCGAUAAAGUCUUAUAGGACGGAACGCAGUCGUGCUUCUGUGUGAC